AUGGAGAAGAAAGACAAACCAAAAGACUUUAGCCAUAUGGCUAGUAGUGAAGAUUCAUCAGAUCUAAAGAGAUACUGUGGCGAGUUGUUUCAACAGUCUCAAAUGGCUUUGGUCAGUCAGUUCGUAUCGCUUAAGUCCAUUCCACGAAAAAUUAUAAAAUCGGUGUUCUUCUUGGCUUGUCUCAUUGGCUUUACCUACCAAACAUCAAGCUUCUUGAUUAUAUACUACCAAUAUCCAAGUACUAUGUAUGUGGACGUGGAAUUUGCUGAAAGACUCCACUUCCCGGCUAUCACAAUUUGUAAUAACAAUAGGUUAAGGAAAUCUUCUAUUCAAAAGCUUGAUCCAAAGUUAUAUGACAACUUUUCAAACCUUUCACAGUUAAUGGACCACGAGAAAAUUGUAAACUACAUUGCCUCCAGUUCCAGAAGUAAAAUAAUGAAUAUGGCGUCGAAUGUUUCAGAUUUUAUUCAGUGCACCAUUAAAAGUUAUCUGCAAAAAGAAAUUUGUAGCCGGAUUGCCUUCUCCUACAGUCCUCUAUUUACCAGCUGUUACAGUUACAACACCUGGUGGAAGACACCGACUACACAUUCCCCGAUGGCUGCUUAUGGAGACGAAAUAAAUUUUGAAAUAAACUUCGAAGCCGAAGAAUUCACCGAAGAGGAUCGAGAAAUUGGCGGCAAACUCAUAAUUAGUGGACUUUACGACCUGGUGUAUGCUGACUCUGAAGGAUUCGAAAUUGAGCCAGGAUUCUCAUAUCAAAUCGCAAUGAAACAGCAAACGAAAAUAUCUCUACCUCAGCCGUAUAAAACAAACUGUUCAGACUACCCAGUUCUCUGGAAAGCCAAUAAUGGUACUGGAUCUCUAACGUGGAAGAUGUGCGUCAUUGAAUGUGUAAAGUCCACAACCAGAGGGCGUUGUGGCUGUGUACCAUUAUGGAUUCCUCUAGUAGAAGAAGACGACUUUUGCAAUCCUUAUGACCCUGAAGAAGACAGCUGUAUAAAGACCAUUAUUUCUUCGGUCAAAAGAAACUGUGAAGUUGGUUGUCGCCAAGAAUGCUUCGUUCGCAUAUACGAGUCUCAGUUGAAGAAAAAGACGUAUCCAGCUAGGAAACAGUAUGAUAUCGAAGUUUUCAGUUUUAUAGGUGGAUACAUUGGAAUUUGGUUGGGCAUAUCUCUAUUGGCUAUUCUAGAUUUUAUAGAAAGUAUUAUUCUUUUGUUUCGUUUCGUGCUAAAAACUUACAUCAAGAAGAAAAAAGUAGCAACGCAAGUACUCCAGGGAGGCUCGUGGGCUCACAUGAUAAAAGAACCUAUAGCUUACAAGAGACCUUACCAGCUAAAAUCGAUGACAGUUGGACAGUUUUCUACUGAAACUAAGCCUAGUUGGAAGAGGCGUUGCAAAAUUCAUGGUGUUCGGAGCGGACUGCACGAACAUCGAAUUGCAAGGAUCAAACAAAUCAACGCCAUAACCCAAGAAUCAAAGGAGUCAACGCCAUAA